AACAUAUUUUUUAAAUACACAAUGUCGUUACAACUGUUUUUUAUAUUCCUUAUAACUUUAUCAAAAAUUUCAUCAAAUGUCAAAUCUGAAGAAAUUAAAAGCUUACCUGGGCUAUUAUAUCCUCAAGAAAAUAUGUAUCGAGAGGUAAAAUCUUUAGAUGGACUCUGGGACUUUGGUAUCAUACGAAAUAGUAUCAAUACAAUCAAAAAUGGUACAAUCAUUCAAGAAUGGAUUGAAAAAAACUUCUGGAAUACAAAAGCAGAGAUGCAAAUGCCAGUUCCAUCGUCUUAUAAUGACAUUACGACAUCAGCAGAAAUAAAAGAUCAUGUUGGUACAGUAUGGUAUGCCAGAAACUUUUAUGUUCCGUAUACUUGGACGAAAAGUAGAAUAUUCAUUCGAUUUGGCUCAGUUAAUUAUUAUGCAUCUGUGUGGAUAAACAACCAGAAAGUGAUGGACCAUGAAAUGGGACAUCUUCCCUUUGAAGCGGAAAUAUCUCAGUUCUUAAAAUUUAACAGGAAAAAUCGCAUAAUUGUCACAGUAGAUAAUAUUCUUUCCGAAACGAGUGUUCCUCAAGGCAAACUUUCUGAAGCUCAUGUAGAUAAUGGCACUGCUUGGGUCCAAUCUCAUAUAUUUGAUUUCUUCAAUUAUGCUGGAAUUCAUAGACCAGUGUUACUUCACACAAAACCCAAAGUUUAUAUUGAAGAUAUCACAAUAAAAACGUCAACUUCAGGAGAUACAGGAAUUGUAAAGUAUAUGAUACAAGUUGCAGGAUAUGAUGAUGAAGAGCUUGUAGAUUGUUCAGUAAUUCUUCGUGAAGAAAGUGGAAAAUUAGUAACUGAAAAUUCAGUUCAUGGAUUUUCCGGAACUAUAAAAGUACCUAACGCUAAACUUUGGUGGCCUAGAGGAAUGAGUAGUCGACCUGCUUACAUGUAUACACUAGAAGUCUCAAUAUCUGUCAACAACUUAUCAAUAUCUGACAUUUACCGGCUUCCAGUUGGAAUUAGAACACUAAAAUGGACUAAUACAAGUCUAUUACUUAAUAAUAAGCCUGUAUAUAUGAGAGGGUUUGGUCGUCAUGAAGAUUCUGUACUGAGAGGACGGGGAUUGGAUUUAGUUACAAUGACAAGAGAUUAUGAGUUACUGAAGUGGGUGGGAGCUAAUGCUUACCGAACUAGUCAUUACCCAUACAGUGAUGAAGUUAUGGACAUGGCAGACAGACAAGGAUUUCUCAUCAUUGAUGAAUGUCCCUCCGUUGAUACUGAAAACUUUAACCCAACCCUUCUAGCAUUGCAUAAAUCAUCAAUUUCACAACUCAUUCGCAGAGAUAAGAACCGACCUUCUGUUAUCAUGUGGUCGAUCGCAAAUGAGCCACGAAUAUGGAAACCAAAAUCUACAUUAUAUUUCAAAGAAAUUGCUAGACACACAAAGACCCUUGAUUCGACACGACCAGUUACUGCUGUUGUUUCAAAAGGUCCAGAAAAAAAUUCAAUCGGCCAAUUCUUAGAUAUUAUUUGCUUCAAUAAAUACAAUGCGUGGUAUGACAAUACUGGUGAAUUAAAUAUGAUAACAAAUCAAGUAAUAGAUGAAGCCAAAGCUUGGUAUACUAAAUUUGAAAAGCCUAUCAUCAUAAGCGAAUAUGGAGCAGAUGCAAUAGCUGGCUUUCAUGAGUUACCUGAAUAUCUUUGGAGUGAAGAAUAUCAAACUGCUUUGCUUUCCCAACAUUUUAAAGCUUUUGAUUAUCUUCGUAAUAAUUACAAUUGGUUCAUUGGAGAAUUGAUUUGGAACUUUGCAGACUUUCAAACACCUCCAUCACCUAAAAGAGCAGGAGGUAAUAGAAAAGGAAUAUUUACAAGAAAUAGAGCACCAAAAAUGGCUGCUCAUCUGGUGAGAAAGAGGUACCACAUCUUAGCAUUUGAAAUUGAUCAACAAAAUCCACCUGACGAUCUUGAGUAUUACAUUUCAAGUCAUACUCCUAGUUGCAUGUUUACAAUAUUCAAUAUGUAAUAGUUUAUGAAUAAAAAUAUAUUUCCGCCAUUCUGAUGAAAAA